UAGAUUUCUAUUCAAAGCCCGCUGGGAGGCGAGUACGGACUUUCUAGAUGAGUGACAGUUGAUUAACAAAAGAAACAUUUCAUUCAGUGCAGGCCUGCUGUGAAGGGGAGAGUGAGGAGAUUUGUAUUUAUCUGACGGGGCUAGUCGCUAGAUGUCGCUGGUGACAAAGACCUUCUGUGUGUACUUGACGGAGAGCAUGGACGAUGUCUGACUGAGGUAGACAUCUUUUCUGUGGAACUGCUAACGACGAGAGAACAAGGGAGAUAAUUAAUGUGUGUCAUGACUGAUCGUCCAAUAGAGAACAAAAAGGAAUAAUUUUCGUGAGUGUGACCACCAUCCUUCAUGGCAUUCUCUGAGGUAAAGGACAGGUAAAGGUAACAUGUUGAAGACUGUCAUUCGUCGUGUUGUGAACACAACUGCUGCCCGUCACCUGCCAUGUCUACAGCUGACGUCACUGUCAUCUCGGCAGGUAGGAAACAGGCCGUCAGAUGGCGUGGCGACAUCAACAGUACAAAGACAGAUGUCAGAGAAAGCCGCAGACAUCAAGAUUCCUCCCUUUCAAUACUUCUGGCAGCCAGGGUCUGGUUACUAUGCGGACAGUCUCGGAAAGCUGUCAAAACCAAUCACUGACAUCUGUGAAGAUUUUGUUUUAUCUCUUAUAGAUUCUGUGCCCGUGCCUUCACCAAAAGGCGUGUUCACCAUUGGAGACUAUGGAACAUGCGAUGGGUCAGUGUCUCUACGACUGAUACACAAGAUCAUUGACCACUUGCGAAACAAACAUGGACCCGACCUGAAGAUUCAGGUGUUGUACGAAGACCAUCCAUCCAACGACUACAACAGCCUCUUUAAAACAAUUUACGGUGAAACAUCAUACAUGACCAAGUUCAGCAAUGUGUUCCCCAUGGUCUGUGGCACUAACUUCUACAAGCAGUGUGUACCUGACCACACCUGUGAUGUCAUCAUCUCCUUCAUGGCCGCGCAGAUUUUGAGUAACGAGAGUCACGUGAGAUGCUCCAAUACAAUUUUUCCCUGGCGGUCGACAUCGGAAGAAGAGCUGCGCGCUUACCACGAGGCUGCAGCACGUGACUGGCAGACGUUCCUCCUCCACAGAGCAGCAGAACUCAAACAGGGCGGACUUCUUUUCGUUACGCUGCCAACUACAAACCUGUGGAACAACACCGCGAACAUUUCAAUGGCGGACAAUGUCAGCCUCACUCUAGAAUAUCUGAAGGAUGUUUGGACUAAUUUUGAUUUGGCAUGGAACGAACUGCACGUAGAUGGCAUAAUAACAACAGAGGAGUUCCAGUCAUGCACUGUCCCCAUAGCACCGAGGUCUUUACAGGAACUAACGGCUCCUUUCGAGGAUGGAGCCAUGUCUCCAGUCCGACAGGCUGGUCUCAACUUGUUAAAGGGUCCAGAAGACUUUUGUACUCCUUGUGUUGUGAAGACAUCGUGGCGAGAAAAACUACAGACAGAUGGGGUAGACGACAGAAGGCUGUUCGCACUACUUUUCGUAAAAGCAAUGCGAUUGGCCAUAGACCCGACUCUGAGAAACACCUUGAAGAAAACACGCACUGCUGAAGAAGAAUCGUGUAUAUCCGAGAAAUUCUACGAAUGUUUUGUUAAACAUGUGGUUUCGUCUGACCCAGAGACUUUCCAAAGCGAACCCUAUCUGAGGCGGCUUGGCAUACAGAAAUUAAAAUGAGCAAAGGUUAAUUGUAGAACACAUCAGACCAGAGGCAAAUUGUCAUCACCAUUGCUCAUAGAAACAUUUUCCAGUUAUUUAAAUAAUCAGUCACCACUCCACACUGAGUCAAGAUGUUAAAACCAAGUCACUGUAAAUAAAGUCAUGAGUUCAUCUUUAUUUCUUAACCAUGAUAUUUAAAGCUUCUAGUUAUUUACCCGAUCAGAGAUCUGCACUGCAACAUUUCA